AUGGUUGAACCACAGUCAACUACUCCCUCGUUGGACGAUGUAGAUACAGUUUUGGUUCACAUGAUUGUUAAUGAUGCACCGAUUCUAUCAGAAGAAAAUCUUGGACAAGAUUUUAACCAAAAUAUAGUGGAAACGGUAUCUGAGACAACAACAACACAGAUCAAUCAAAUAAUCAAUGAAAUUAAUGGAAUCAUUGAUAGUGGAAAACAAGCAAUUAAUGGAACACUCAGUGAAGCAAAAAAAUCAACGUCAUUUUGGACCGGUUGGCCAACAGAGAAAAUUUUGUUGAUUGUUUUAAUGAGUUUAUGUGCUCUUGGCAUUAUUAUCAGUGUGUUAUAUAUUUUAUUAGGUAAACAAUUUAAGAAAAGUCGAGGUGCAGCUCGAGAAUUGGAAACAAGAAGUAAAACACAAACUGGAGCUGCAAUGGGCGGAGCAACCGAUCCUCAAUAUAGACAAUUACCAACAAGAAAUCCCGAUACUAAUAUUGCCUAA